UCCCAUGACUUGAUGCUAAGAAUUUACAGAGCUGAGUCAUAUGUUGGCCUCCAAGAAUACAAAACAGCCAUAGAAGAUCUAAAUUUUGUUAUUUCUAAAAUGCCAAAUUGGCCAGAGGUUUACUUCCGGAAAGGAAAAGUGCUGCAAGACUCUGGCUUUGUAGGUGAUGCCUUACAACUGUUUCUACAGUGCUUAGCCCUUGAUGAGGACUUUCUUCCAGCCAAGCUAGAAGUAGAAAAGACAUUGUGUGAUGUGCUGUCACCAGAGAAGUUAGGAGAGAGUCUGAAGGAAUCUGCCUGGAAUCUACCGCAUGUUCGAAAUAAACCGUUUAUACUCGGUUCUGAAGUGACUGAGACUUACUGCAACUUACAGCUUUGUCCUGAGCAGAGUUUAGGAGGAUCAGAGGCACUGCAGCCUGUCAGUGGAAGCUUAAAUCGUGCACAGUCUGCCCAUGCUCUUAACUCAACGAAAGACCUUGCCAAGGAAGAUGGCUUAAAGAGAGUGUCUUCUGAGCCCCUUCUCUCUGGACAAGAAAAAGGUGCUUUGUUGAAAAGAAAGCUUUCCUUUUCAGAACAGGAUACAGUUGUAUGUGAAGAUGGAAGAAACAAACACAAAAAGCAAGGAGAAAGUACAAAAAGGGACAUGACACUGGCUUUUGGAACAAUUCCAGGGGAUUUGAUUGAUGUAUCAGAUUUUGAGUGCUCUCUAUGUAUGAGGCUAUUCUUUGAGCCAGUGACAACCCCGUGUGGGCACACUUUUUGCAAAGGUUGCUUGGAACGGUGUUUAGACCAUGCUCCUCAGUGUCCACUCUGCAAGGAGAGUUUGAAAGAGUACCUUGCAAGCAGAAAAUACAGCAUCACAGAACUGCUGGAGGAAUUAAUAAUGAAAUAUUUGUCUGAUGAAUUACACGAGAGAAAAAGAAUUCAUGCUGAAGAAACCGCUGAGCACUCGAACUUGACCAAGAAUGUUCCAAUGUUUGUUUGCACUAUGGCAUAUCCUACUGUGCCUUGCCCUCUACAUGUGUUUGAGCCAAGAUACCGACUAAUGAUUCGCAGAAGUAUGGAAACUGGGACUAAACAGUUUGGGAUGUGUAUAAGUGAUUCUCAAAAUGGUUUUGCAGAUUAUGGAUGCAUGCUGCAAAUUAGGAAUGUUCAUUUUCUGCCUGAUGGACGGUCUGUUGUUGAUACAGUUGGUGGAAAGAGAUUUAGAGUUUUACGGAGAGGGAUGAAAGAUGGUUAUUGCACUGCAGACAUUGAAUAUUUGGAAGAUGUUAAGGUUGCUGAUGAAGAAGAACUAAAGAAACUGAGAGAACUUCACAAUUUGGUUUACAAUCAGGCCUGCAGUUGGUUCCAAAACUUAAGAAACAAAUUUCGCACUCAAAUUCUUCAGCACUUUGGGCCCAUGCCUGACAGGGAGGAAAAUAUGCAGGCAAUGCCCAAUGGUCCUGCUUGGUGUUGGUGGCUCCUAGCUGUUCUCCCAGUAGACCCCAGGUACCAGCUAUCAGUUCUCUCCAUGAUGUCUUUAAAAGACCGUCUGAUAAAAAUCCAACAUAUACUCACAUAUUUUUCUAGAGACCAGUCCAAGUGACUAACCGCCUGGGUCUUCCUGAAAAGUUACUCUGUUCUGGUUGUAGUAGCAGCUGGAAUUUUUGCUGCCUUUGCACAUCUAGCGCUGGUUUGAGAAGUGUAACGGAACUGCUUUUUCUCUCUCCUCCCCACCCUCCUGGCUUCCUGAACCACGUGGUUCUUGAAUGCACUCUUUCUUCAACUAUGAGAGAAGACCACUGAUGAUUGCACAAAGUCAAUCCAGCUAGAUAUGUCUUUCGCAUUAUCUACAUUACAAUUUGCACUAUGUAGAAGAGAACCUUUCUGAGACUUGAUAAUUUUAGCCACUGACUUUUUAAAGCUGUGGGAAGUGCAGGACUUAAGGCUGACAGUCCAAGUUUACAACGUUGAGGAGGUGUUAAAGGUUUUGCAAAUGUUUGCCUCAUACAACUGUUCUUCUGCUGUUUGCACAAAUAUUUGAAAUAUAGUAUUGAAUGUCACUGUUGGAUAUUACUACUCUUGUGGAAUUAUUUUGACCAUGAAUAUGGCACAGAUUUUUAAGUUAUCUUGUAAAUGUAUGCAUCACAAAACAGGUGACAUUAUGAACUGUAUGCUGAACUGAGAGCCAAUUUUAAGGAACAAAUGCAAAAAAAAAAAAAAAGGUACUUCUGUCUAAAAAAUACUUAAACUGUGAAUAUGGUUUACAUGCCUAGGCCUGUAUAUGUUAAAGAGGAAACUGAAAUGCUAGUACCAGUUACAUUUCUACUGGGUUUUUCAGGCUGGCUGUUCUUCCAGAGCACACACUUAGUUUAUAGAGCUUAGAAGAAGAAAUCUUAGAGCGUGUGUGUGUGUAUUGGGGAUUGUGCAUCCAGGAUUUAAAAGCUUCAAGUUUUAUUUGAACUUUUUAAGUUGGUGCAAAUGUGAGUUCUAUGCCUUAUUCAUAUCAAUAGUAGAGCACACUGCAGUGGCAAGGUUAGCAUCAUGCUGCCAAUAGGUACCUUUUGUAAUUAAAGGUUUGCAUAUUUGUGAAUAUGUCUGAUACUGGCUUUCUUGUAUGUAAAUCAUUUGUAAAAUAUUUCUUAAAUCUCGCUUUUGCUAAUAUAUUUAAUUUUCAAUAAAAGCUAAAAGUUUGUAAUAUUUUUAACUUUAUCAGAAACUAAAAAUCACUUUCAUUUUCCAUAUGCUUCUAUUCUGGGAUCUUAAGUAAAUCCAGAAGCAGCUGUUUAACCUACAUCAAGGUUGCGGGCACUUCAUGACGUAAUUGGUACGUACGUAAUCUAAUUCUGACUGUAGUACCUGUCUCAGACUGAUUAUUGGUCAGACAAGUUGUUUUUUGCUGGUGUCCUGCUUUUGCAUCUACUUUGUUUAAAUGAAGGUGGUUUCACGUGUGAAGUUUGCAUUGCACAAAACUCAAAAGGUUGUGGGAAACUGUUCUUGCAGAACAGUUAGGUAUUUCACAGACUCAAUUGGAUGCUCUGGCUGCCUUCUCUUCUGGAGUUCAAGGCUUGAGAUAUUAUUACAGGCAACCCAAAAUCUGCUGGAUCAUUUUUAAUGUGGGCUUCUAUCUAGGGUAAAUUUCCCCUUUAUUGUAUGAAUAAAGUCCUGGAUUAAUAUUUGGAAAGCAUUAUUUGCAUAAUAAAAUAAGAAAGGGGAUCCUGUAUUUCUCCACUUCAGUGUGUUACAACCUUAGAACCUUAAUCUUUGUAUCACCACGAUCUUAAGAAUGCAGAUGAAAGGAUUUUUUUUUUUUUGACAGUGAAAAGUCCAUGUAGCCAGGCUUGAAAUACCCAAAUAAUCUAGUGGUAUUUUUUUUUCUUGCCAACAGCUUUAAUUUUGAAAUUAAGCAUUCUCUAGUCUGCUGGAAGAUGUGGCUUCUAGGUUUUUUUACCCAUUCCUGUGAGUUUUCAAUAAAACAAAAAUUCAGCUACAGCGUCAGUUGGCUUGCACUGUCCUGUGCGUGUGUUGUAAGUUCUACUUCUGGAAUUGUAAACCCAUGUAAGAGAGAACUUCAUUAAAAAAGAAACAGCAACAAAACCCCCCAAUUACUGUGAUUAACACAUGCUGCAUUAAGACUGAUCAUAAGUACUACUCUUCAGUAACUAUUCCACACACAUGAUCACUGUAGGUGCUGUUCGGAAUGCUAUGAAAUUGAGAAUGGGGAGGAAAGAUUUUUAAGAGGAUGUUUAAGUUGGAAUUAUUUGAAGUGGGUUUUGUGACUUUAUGCAGUUAGAAUGGGGUAGAACCAGCUCACCUGAAUAUUGGCAUAGACCUUUCAGUAAAUACCUUAAGGAGAAAUACCAUGCUGCACUUUGUACUUAGCGGUUUGAAUUUGGGGAGUACUUCUUUAUUCUUUUGAUUAUUUUUUUUAAAUUCCCCCACCCACCCUGUGUCACACAGCAGGGGUUCUUUAGCUAUCGAACAAUGAAACAGCAACAGACUAAGGACCAAGUUUGAUUGAUUUACAUUAUUACAAUAAAGCUGACCGUUGAUGUAGUUAAGCCUGAGCGGAAGGGGAAAGCUCAGUUGCUGUGUAGGAAAGGUACAACACUGUUAGUGAUUAGUCUUACCUGAUGAUGCGCAACAGCCAGGGAAACUGUCAACCUCUCAUGUUCUCUGUCAUGACAUAAGGACAUCUCCUUUGCCGGGCAGCAGCCCGGACCAGCCAAUGAGAGCUACCCCAAGUUAGCGUUGGAGCGCCUUAUUUAUGGCAUUGUGCCUUCCCUGUUCAGUCAUAUGAUUGACAACUUCACAUAGACGUGUUCUUCAUGUAAGUGUGAGAACAAAACUAGAUGUGUCCGGAAAGAUUGGCAAUCUGUAAAUAGCUGUACAAUAAAUUGGGUGUGUGUGUAUGUUAAUCUGAGGGAUUGGAGGCACUCUACUGAGAAGGAUCUGCCCAGAACAGACAUGUCCUUCUGGCAAGGACCUCUUUCCAGUUUUUUUAAGUUGUGGCCAGAGAUCUCAUGGAAAUUCUUAAUUUGUGUUUAAUAUUCACCUCUAGUCCCUUUAUCUUAAAUUACUCUUACCAAACAUCAUAUCUUGUAGUGACUUGGUGCCCUGGAUGGGAACCAAUGAACUUUAGGUUCAGAAACUUCAGUUUUCUCUGUGAAAUGAUUUUGCGUUUCUCCAUCUAACUUGGUUUUAAUUUUGGAAACUAGCAAAUAUACAAACUUCAUCUGUCACCUUCUUUCUAGCAAAUCAUUUCUCUGUCUCUGUGGGCCUUUUGCUGGUCCCAAGUUUCUUCAAGGCUGAUAUGCAAAGGCUGAUAUGUUGGUGGGGUGGCUAUGAAACUUGAAGUGAUGCUAGAACAUCGGUAGGGAGAAACAUUUGCCCUGAACCCCAUGAAAGACCGGGCCAGAUUCAAACAUUGGUAGGGACUUUGGAAGUCUUGGAAGGACAGCAUGCUCAUCCUUUUGGUUCUGUAAAUCAUCGUCUAACCCAUCCUUGGAGCUCUGUCCCAGUGUGUGGGGGGUGGGGUAAGUAUCUGCUAAAUACUGAAAUUUUCCUAUAGCCUCAUUCGCACUGAUCAGAAGUGAGACAGGGUAGAGUUGAUCUGCACAGCUGAGUCUUCUGAACAGCAUCACGGGAGACUUGCAGUGCCAGGCACCGCUCGCUUGCUGCUAGCGGUUGGGGCAGGGAGCAUGGCUGAAACUUUGGCUUUGAGCAGGUCUUCAGGAGCAGCAGACAAACCACAGCUGCCUGGCCUGCACUUGACCACGUCCGAGACAUUGCUCUUUCAGCAGGGUCUUUGACUGUAGAAAUCUGCUUAUCUACAGCUGGACUUCUAAGGGGAAGAAGGUUGUUCCAGUUGGUCGGUAGACAUGAAAUACCUGUUGAAGGAUUAUUGUAUCCAUGCUGCUUGGUAUCGCGCUGAAAUCUGUCCAUUACUUUCUCGUUUAUGUGCUUUUCUACAAUUAAAAAGAAAAAAAAAAGCAAAGCUGUAAAUUGUUUAAUGCUAGGACCAAAACAAAGUGAAAUAAAGAGUGCAUUGAGUUUUGAGCCUUGAUUUUGGUGAAGUUAUACUUUCCUGGGUGCUCAUGGCUGCGCCUGCUUCUACAAGCAAAGGCCAAUGGCAGGAUUUCACCGUGGGUUUAAAACCGUCAUUGCAGUAGCGACAGUGCAAGUGGUGUAGCUUCAGUGCAGUCGGGAGCGCCUGUGAGGAUGUGGCAGGCGCUCUAGGACAAAAAGUUUUGAGUGUUAGAAAGAAGUUGGUGCAGAAUUGUUUAUACUUCUAGCUGAGGAGUUUGGUUUUGUUUGGUUAAGUAAGAGGGAAGAAUGCCCUCUGUUGGAAAUUACUUUUAAAGCAGACGAGUAUGAGCCGGCACGGGCUAGGAAGCUGGCCGUUUCCUAGAUGCGCGAGUAUUAGAAAAGGGAAAUGAUGUCAUGGGAAACCGGGGACAGGGAGCUGUGCUUUAGAAAGACAAAUACAGUCACUUUCCAAUCCCAAUAGAAAUUCUGCGGAGCUUGGCAUCUUAGACGACUUAGUUAUAGCAUCUGUUCGUGUGAGUGUUGGUCCCUUGCGCUCAAGAGCUUUCGGCUCUGUCAGCUAGGAAUGUUUUUCUCAGCAUAAAGAGCUAUACAAGGUGCUCGGCAAAGC